GGGAUCCAGUACCUGAUUGAGCAACAGGUAUUGUCCUCAGACCUGCAGGAGAUCGCCAAAUUCCUCCACAAGGGUGAAGGCCUGAACAAGACAGCCAUCGGGGAUUACCUGGGUGGGAGGGACCCCACAAACAUUCAGAUCCUCCAAGCCUUUGUGGCAUGUCACCAGUUUGCCAAUCUCAACCUGGUGCAGGCACUGAGGCAGUUUCUAUGGAGCUUCCGGCUGCCUGGGGAAGCACAGAAGAUUGACCGGAUGAUGGAAGCCUUUGCCAACUGGUACUGCAAGUGUAACCCAGGAGUGUUCCAGUCUACAGAUACCUGUUAUAUACUCUCCUUCUCUAUCAUCAUGCUUAACACCAGCCUGCACAACCCCAAUGUGAAAGACAAACCCCCCUUUGAAAGGUUUGUGUCUAUCAACAGAGGCAUUGACAAUGGAGGGGACCUGCCAGAAGAGCUCUUAAAGAAUCUGUUUGAGAGAGGACGUGUGAAAACCUGGAAACGUCGCUGGUUCAUCCUGACUGAUAACUGCCUGUACUACUUUGAAUAUACCACGGACAAAGAGCCUCUGGGCAUUAUCCCCCUGGAGAACCUAUCUGUCCGGAAGGUGGAUGAUCCCAAAAAAACAAACUGCUUUGAGCUCUUCAAUCCCAACUGCAAAGGGCAGAAGAUCAAAGCCUGCAAAACAGAUGGGGAUGGGAAAGUGGUUGAAGGCAAGCAUCAGUCCUACAAGAUCUCAGCAGCCACACCAGCAGAACGUGAUGCGUGGAUUGAGGCAAUACGGACCAGCAUCACACAGGAUCCUUUCUAUGAUCUGGUCUCUGCCCGUAAGAAAAAGAUUGCCAGCAAAAACUGAGCCCUGACAUGGUCACUGACAGCAGGAAGAUGCAGUCGUUGGGCAGCUUCCCUCCAAUGCUGG